UUUCGCUGUCAUAUUGGGCUCACAACAAUGAAGUCGGAAAUAUGUCGAUAAAUAAACGCCUAAAGUCUUUCCCAGCAGUGAACAUCGUUUUCUUACUAUGGGGGUCAAGAACUGCUGGGGCGUGAUCCGCCAUUUAAUGGACCAGUCAAAAAUAGAUCGUGCACUGAUGUCAUAUGCUGUGCUGUGUUUAUUCUGUUUAUACUUGGAUUGAUGGUGGUUGCAUACUUUGGUUUCAUGUACGGCAACCCGAAAUUGCUACUCAGUCCAGCAGAUUCGAAUGGUCGUGUCUGUGGCGUGGGAGAUCAAAAAAACAAGAGCUUCCUGAUGUACUUGGAUGUGGUAAUGUGUGGUCGAACGAGAGCGAACAUCUUCUUCACCAAGUGCCCUUCUCCACAGGUGUGUGUGAAGAAAUGUCCCCAGAAACAUUACGUCUACACUCAAGACCUUGUUUCCCAGAACAAAGACAACUUGAUCUGUAAACACGGCACAAACAUGUCAAAGACUGUUCAAAAACUGGUGCACGAUGGCGACUGUGCGGCAUACUACUUCAUAAGCCAGUCCAUCAUGCGAAGAUGCUUCCCUGCCAAGAAGCUGCUGGGUCCGAUCCAGGGAGACUCUAUAGUCGUACAGACAGACAGUGGACCACGGACAGUGGAGUCCUCCUCUGAAAACAUCUCUUCUCAGUCUUUCCUCGCAGCAAUGCACAAUCUGCGAUACUUUAUAAAAGUCAGUGAGUACGGAGAGAAGAUAACCGCUGACGUCAUAGCAACAUGGUGGAUCAUUCUAACUGUGUUGGUGUUGUGCUCGCUCGUAUCGAUGUUGUGGAUAUUUCUGAUGCGCUGGUUGGCUGGAUUGAUGACGUGGCUGAUGAUCAUUGCCUGUCUUGCAAUAUUUGGUGUUUCAAGUGGAUACAGUUUUUACCUGUAUACAAAAACCAGAGGUUCUGGCAGCUUUUAUACAAUCUACUUACCCAUGCUUACUUGGAACAUUGAGAAGGACAAACUUUUUCUUGGAAUAGGAAUCACAGCUGGCAUCAUUUUCGUGAUUGUUCUUCUCAUAGUGCUCGUUCUCUGUCAGAGGAUCAGACUCGCCGUUCAGCUGUUGAAGGAGGCGAGCAAGGCGGUUGGAAGUAUGAAGUUCUCGCUGAUGUGGCCGUUCCUUCCGUUCAUCCUUCAGCUCGGCUUCAUCGCAUUCUGGCUCGUACUGACUGUCUAUUUAGCUACAGUGAGUGCAGUCAAGAAAGAAAAUGAACAUGUCGCAUUAUCGAAUGGGUCUGUUAACUUGAAGGCUGAAAAGCUUUUUGAUAUGGCUUGUGCUUACGGACAAAAUGAAGGUGACAACGUUUGUAGUGCUAUUGUUGACUAUGGAGUUCAGUAUGCCACAGCUCUGCAGGUUUACAAUCUUGCGUUGGCAAUUUGGCUUGUCAACUUUGUGGUAGCGUUUGGACAAAUGACUUUAGCAGGAACGUUCGGGCUGUACUACUGGGCUCCAAGUAAACCUAAAAUCCUUCCAGCAUUUCCAGUGCUACUCUCGUUUGGGAGAACAGUGAGGUAUCAUCUUGGAACUGUCGCAUUCGGGUCUUUUAUUAUUACGCUGGUCAAACUAAUCCGCUUACUGCUCGAGUAUUUGGAUGGACGUCUCAAGGGAACGGAGAAUGCAGUGGCUCAAUUUAUUCUGAAAUGUAUGAAAUGCUGCUUCUGGUGUUUAGAAAAGUUCCUCAAAUUCAUAAACAAAAACGCCUACAUAAUGUGUGCUAUAUAUGGGAAAAAUUUCUGUGCGUCUGCUAAGAAAGCCUUUUUCCUUAUUAUGAGAAACGUUGUGAGGGUUGUUGUGGUGGACAAUGUUGCCGACUUUUUGUUGUUUCUUGCCAAGCUGGUUAUAGUUGCUGCAGCCGGUGUAGCAUCGUAUUUCUUCUUUGAAGGAAGAAUCCCCUUUCUGAAAAAUUACGUGCCAUCCUUGCAUUUUUACUUCGUACCGACUGUGAUUGUUAUUCUGGGUAGCUAUGUAGUCGCGUCCUGUUUCUUCAGUGUAUACGAAAUGGCUGUAAAGACACUCUUCCUGUGUUUUCUGCAAGAUCUUGAAAUAAAUGACGGAUCUCCAGAAAGGCCGCACUUCAUGAGCAAAAACCUGAUGAAAAUAUUGGGAAAGAAAAACUUGAGAGACGUACAAGCACCGUUAACUGCAUUGUGAACUGGAAUUAGUAAACUGGGUGUUCCUUCUAAUAAAGUGCCGACACUGACAUGGUGCCGCAGUCCUGCCACUUUUACGACCUGCCUCUAUCGCUUCGGCAAUUCACCCCCCCCCCCCCUCCUCCCAUUCAUCCUAACUGAUCUCCUUUACGUUUUCUACAUAAUGCUAGGAUCAAACUAUCAACUGCCAGCAGAAAAUUUGCCAACUCGACUGUUCUGUAGUAAUUUCCACAACUCCGACUUAGACGGGUGCGCUCGGAUUAACAACUCGUGGAUUAUACAACGAGAAUCACAUUAGCAACUGGACAAUCGUAGAAGUCGUGAGUGCAGAAAGUUGGCCAACCUUUUGCUGUUAGUUGGUAGUCUGAGAUUAGCAUAACGUAUAUAUAUAACUAAGUACAACAUUCAUGGUAUAUGUAUUUAGUUUUCAUCACAUUCGACAAGCAGUAUUUAACGAAAGCUUGAUCGACUUGCUUAAUACUGGAUAAUAGUACAUACAUCUGCCAUCGAAACAGGCUGUUUAGUUUCGUGAUCGUUUUUGUUUUUGUUUAUAUAAAAGACAAUUUAUGCUAUGCUCAUGUGUAAUGAGCAACAUAUAUAAUGAGAUGUCGACUUGAUAAGCAGUAAAUUUUGAAUUUAUUAUUAUUUUUUUUUUUUUUUUUUUUUACAAAGAGCUAAUUCCACGUAAGAAUUGUUAAUAAUUAAUACUGUUAUAACCAACGGUAAACCCAGAACUACCACAUACGAGUGAUGUGCACUAUGUGUUCUGUUUAGAUUAGCAGAGUAUUUUAUUGAAAUACUGUAAUAUACUUUACAGUAAUAAAAGUGAAAAGAAUAAACGCAUUUUCCAGGUGGGAAUCUAGUAUUAAUGAAAGGGGGUUUGUAACAUUAAUGUAAUGUAGUUUUCGGUGAGGUUAAUAAACAUGACUCCUCACCUUAUAUUACCAGUGGCAAAAAUAAGUACUUGACGAAAAAUAAGGGCCGCGGGCUCCAUUGUCCGUCAGAAUAAUUCUGCGCCUGCUUUCAGAAUUAAGCACCCCACCCUCAGUCAUACACCCCGUCCUCAGAGUAAGACACCACACCCUUAUAUUGUACCUGUCAUGCUGGAGUAAACACUAUUAUCCUGUUCAAUUAUUUAGACCCAAAGUUUUUU